GAGACUUUCAGUCCUUUUAACUUAAGACGUGGAAAGCUACAAACGGCACGUCUGAUUUUCUUCUGAAUAACUUUUGUCGGGACAGUAUGAGUGUUAGACUCACAGAAGGGGCAAUUGAGGCCCUGUUCAAAGGCACUUCAAUUUCUAAUACAGUGCUCCAGUUGUUGAACUUCAAAAAGAUUGGUGGGGAUGACUUACCAAGGAUUCGACUUAUUUUGAGUGACGGGGUGCACAGUUCAGCAUCCUUUCUGCUUGCGACACAACUAAACCAUCUUUUUGACGAGAAUCAAUUGGAACCGUACUGUGUGUGUUUGUUAAAAAAAGUUAUUGUCAAUAAUUUAAAAGAUGGAAGACCUGUGAUUAGUGUACUUGAUGUGGAAGUUCUCAAGUCAGCUGGUGAAAUUGGAGAGAAGAUUGGAAAUCCUGUGCUGUACAAUUCAAAUCUGCCCUCAUCUCAAGAGGGGGCAUAUUCUGGUACCCCUCCCACAACACCUCAAGUUGAACAAGGAAACUCCUUCAGCCCAAAGAGCAAUAAAACAUCACCACAGAAGCCUCUCCCAAGUACCCCUCCCUCCACAUCUACUUCAGAGUAUAGAAAAUUCAACUUCAAGAAUAAAACCCCAUCACCACAGAAGGCUUUCCCAAGUAGCCCUCCUUCGACAUCCAAAGCAAGACCUGGACCCUACACUCCAUCUCCCUCCAAAGGAAGAGGCCGAGGUUUCACAGGGAAGUCCCCCAUGAAGAGUGCAGACUCCUCGCCAGGUUCUCCUGCUAAAGUCAUUCCCAUUUCAGCGCUGAACCCAUAUCAGAGCAAGUGGACGGUCAGAGCCCGAGUCACUAAUAAGUCUAAAAUUCGGACUUGGAGUAACUCAAAAGGAGAGGGGAAGCUGUUCUCAUUUGAAAUAGUGGACCAGAGUGGAGAAAUCAAGGUCACUGCUUUCAACAAAGAAGUGGACAAGUUUUACACUCUACUGGAGCAAGGCAAGGUGUACUACAUUUCCAAGGCGACGCUAAAGGUGGCCAAUAAACAGUUCAACACGCUGAGCCAUGAGUACGAAAUGACGCUGCACGCAAACUCCUCCAUUGUGCUGUGUGAUGACAGCCAUGAUGUCCCCGAUGUCCACUGCCACUUUGUGCCCAUCUCCGAACUGGAGCAAAGGGAAAAAGAUACAAUACUCGAUGUCAUCGGCGUGUGUAAGAGCGCGGAGGAAGUGUCGAGGGUCACCACUAAAAGCAGCAGAGAGGUCUCCAAAAGGGCCCUCAGCCUCAUGGACUCCAGCGGGAAGGUGGUGACUGCAACGCUCUGGGGAGAGGAGGCUGAGAAGUUUGAUGGCUCUGGGCACCCAGUUGUUGCCAUCAAAGGAGCGCGCUUGUCUGAUUUCGGGGGCAGAUCUCUUUCUGCUUUGUUCAGCUCCACAAUCUUGGUCAAUCCAGACAUUCCUGAGGCGUUUAGAUUAAGGGCCUGGUUCGACCAAGAAGGCCAUGCGGUCGACAGCCAAUCCUUGACAGAGAUGCGGUCGAUGGGCAGCGGCGCAAAGAUGAACUGGAAAACACUGAGCGAUGUUAAGACUGAGCAUAUGGGACACGGAGAGAAGGCGGAUUACUUCAGCUGCGUGGCUACAGUGGUGUACAUCCGGAAGGAGAACUGUCUGUACCCGGCCUGUCCCUCCUCAGACUGCAACAAAAAGGUCCUAGAUCAACACAACGGGCUUUACCGCUGCGAGAAAUGUGACCGCGACUACCCCAACUUUGAAUACAGACUCUUGCUUUCAGCGAACUUGGCCGACUUCGGGGAUAACCAGUGGGUGACGUGUUUCCAGGAGACAGCCGAGGUCCUGUUGGGGCACAGUGCACAGCGUCUGGGCCGGCUCAGAGACACAGACGAGGAAGCGUUUAACCAAGUCUUCCAGAAAGCCAACUUCACAACGCACAUCUUUAAAAACAGAGUGAAGCUGGAGACGUACAACGACGAGACUCGGGUGAAGGUAACCGUGUUGGAAAUCCUCCCCGUGGACCACAAAGAGUACAGCCGCAGACUCAUGAGAAACAUCCACAAAAUGUCCGCCUCGACUUGACCCCCCUCAGUGAAACGGGGGUGAAUCAGAGCUGGUCAUGUGACUCUGGUCCAGUUUUUUUUCUAUCUGAGAACGCAACAGCAGCUAGAGGCUGAGAGUGUGAUUCAUCAAAGAAAAUGACAGCCAAACAAGAGACUGGUAUUUACUGUUCAUUUGUGUUCACCGACCAUCUGUGGUACACGGUGGAAACGACUUAUUUGAAGUUUAAAGUGGGUCAGUGCCAAGGCAUAGUCGUACAUAACAGAAGUUGCACUAGUAUCAUUUAAUAGAUUUGAAUCUUUUACCACUGUUGUUUUAAGCAAUUUCUCGUCUUAAGUUAAGGAACAGCAAAUGACAAAAAAACGGUUAAAGGACUUACAUCAUUCUCAACACUUAAAUAGAGAUAUUCAGAAUACAAGCAUGUGUUCAAAGGGAUGAUGUGUCACUUUUUUAUUUGUAAUCGUGUUAGAGUUGCUUAUUUUUGUGGAUUUUUAUAAGUAUGUUUGAAGAAUGUUACAAUAAUUAUUUAACAGUGUGAUCAUAUUUGAAGUGUUCUGGGCCCCUUAAAUACUGAACAAAUGUGUGAUUAAAGGAGGCUUUCUCUUA